AUGCGCCUUCUGCACACGGGUACCUUGGAACUACACACCUUCCCCCCAGAUGUAGCAGAUAACGGGCGGCCGCCAUACGCCGUCCUGUCCCACUGCUGGCGGGAAGGCCAACUUUCCUAUUCCGAGUUUGCCAAUGACCGCGAGAGGGCCCUUACUCUGGACUCAUUUUCUUUUGUGAAAAAAGCAUGCCAGGCCGCCAAGGAGAGCAACAUCGACUAUCUCUGGAUUUACACCAUCUGCGUCGACCAAUCCUCUACUGCCGAGGUGAGCGAGGCCGCGAACUCGGCUUUCGCUUGGAUGAGUCGUUGUGAGCACCUCUUUGUCUAUCUCGACGACCUGCCUCCCAUUACAAACUAUGCCAAGCAGCACUUAGACGGAGAAGAGGAGGAGGAGGAUGGUGAUGAUGAUGCUGUCUGGAGUCGCUGCUUGUGGUUUUCCAGGUGCUGGACUCUCCAGGAACUGCUGGCCCCAUUCUCCGUCCGCUUCUAUGACCAGGAUUGGAACUUCCGCGGCUGCAAAACAUCUGAGCCAUUGAAGGGAAUUCUUUCUCGUAUCACUCAUAUUGUCGCUGAUGUCCUAUGCGACAGCUCUCUCAUUUCAGAGGUCUCCUUAGCAAAGCGCAUGUCCUGGGCUGCAAAAAGACGCGCCUUCCGGGAGGAGGACAGGGCAUAUUCCCUCAUGGGAAUCUUCAAUGUCUUUCUGCCAGUCAUCUAUGGUGAGGGUUCGAAUGCUUUCUUGCGCCUCCAAGAGGCGAUACUCAAGGACACACAUGACCUCUCCCUCCUAAUCUGGGACGCCCAACCUUCCGAUGCUCGACCCUGGCGCGGGCUCUUGGCAAACUCCCCCGCCGAAUUCCACCGCUUCAUAUCGUGUCCACCCACCUGGUGCAAUCCUCUGGUUUUCAAAGGCGAAAUCACAUUCACUAACAAAGGUAUGCGCAUCCGAGGCAACUACUUGCAAAAUCCUCAAUCCCGCGGCCGAGGCGUCCUGCUGGACCUUGGGGGCCAUGAUGGGACACCUCACCGCCACGCAGUCUUGGCCAUGUUCCGAUUGGAGGAUUGCUACGUCCGACCUGCUGUUGGGGCAGCUGGUUCUCUGCCCACUGAAGCUAUGUUGAAUGCUCCGAUUGGAAGUGUGACCGCUAAGAGAGACAUUGACCUCAAGUCGUCUAUGGCCGCCUCGAAUAUCCUGCGAUACCCGGCCUUGCGUCCGGUCUCCAAGGGCUCCCCACUUGUUCCGGUCGACCGGCCAACCUCCAUUACCCCGCUUCAACAAACUCCAGUUCAAGAAGCCAACGUGACCGUCCCAUUCUCUGGCAACAACGGCGACCCUGCUCCCGCGCAUUGUGGCGAUGAGGGUGAUGAGGGUGAUGUCAAUGAUGAUGAUGAUACUGUCUCCAAGGCACCGUCAACACUAGUCUCCGGAUCCUGUGUAUUCUCCCCUCGGGCAAGCAGCCUUGGCUCGGGAUCCAUCCUCGACAUUUCCUAUUACAGGAGAAAGAGACAACACGAUCCUUGUGAUGCUCCGGCUCCAGGGGUUAAACGGGUGAAAACGCCGCUUGCCGCCCCUCGGGAGAAUACAGCAAAAAUAGUUACCACCCCCGGAUGGCCUGUUCGUGACGUGGCGACCGCUAACCUGCCUGCUGGAAAUACUGGGGCCGCCUGUGGACUCAUGGAGGACAAGACUGGAGACAGCGACGGCUAUCAUACCUUGCCAGAUGACCUUACCGAAAAGCCUCCGAUCUUAGAGCCCAACCAUGAAUUUCGAGUUUGCUACAUGGAGUUCAGCGGCGCCUCUGAUCGGGAUGAACACAUUGUCCAGCGCAACUGCGAGCUCAGAGACCAGCCGCCGACCUACGAAGGGAUCUCCGAGGAGAAGCUGAGGCUGAUUUCUAACGUUCCCGCGUCGCUGCCAGCGGUGAAGGCAUGGUAUGCUAUCUGGGAUAUCCUCUACCCCGAGACAUCGCUGCCCUCGUCACCGUGGCUUCCUGGUGAGAUUGGUCUCCAGAUCAGCCUCGCUCGCGACUUUUGGGCUGAAACGGGCCAGCUCAUCGUCUCCGGCUUCCUCGAGUCCAAGAACAAACUCUCGUGGGAUAUGCCGGACGAGGAACGCAGCCUUGCGGCUCUCUAUUCGCUUGUCCUUGACCAUCUCAUUGAUGAGAUUUUCAACGGUCAGGACAAGCCAUUUUCAUACGUUUCUGGGAAGCAGGUCUCGGUGAACCCGGGACCUGCGACCCGAUCCCAAUUCAACGUCGGAUCCUUUGUGUGGCCACUCAUAAGCAAGUGGAUCCCUCAGAACCGGCAACCUGCGCCAGCUCCACCAGGAGCUGGUAUUUACGAUAGGACUCCCCCCCAAGACCAAAGAGAGGGAGGACCAACACUGACCCCAUCUGCCAUGUUGUCGGGCGUGGCAGAUAAUGGGCCAAAUCAAUAA